GUGUGGUAUGCUAAUGAGCAAUUGACAGCUGCAGAAGAAUCCCAUCCAGUCCAGGCGUCGCUCGCGCAGAGAUGGAGAAUGGAGUUGGAGUUUUGGGAAGAGGAGGAUUAUCACUGUGUAGACUCAGACUGCGGGUUUAGAGCAGGAGGUAAGAGGGGAGAAUGUUAACGCCGUUCUCGGGACAGUAGGAAAGUGGAUGUAGUGUACAGCUUUGGAGUUUGUUUGUUUGUUUGUUUGUUUGUUUUCCCUUAAGCUGUCCCGGGGUAUUAAGUUAAAAACAAAAAUCGAAAUAAGACAAUAGAAUGGAAUUGAGCGGUUUAAGGAUGCACCGCGCCUUCUCGUUCGCGAUGGCGGCGGAAAGGAGCCGGUAUAAGGAGAGACUGGAGGCGACUCUGGCGGGUUUGUGCGAGCUCGAGAUGCUGAAACAGCGGCAGGAGAGUCUCGUGCUCAGCGCGCUCAGGCUCGGAGACUCGGGCCCGGGGGGCGCGCGCGCAGCGUGGCCGCUCAUCCGACACUGCUUCCCCGCUUCUGCAAACCUGGAGCAGGAACAGCCGGGAUCAGCGGAACAGCAGGGUUUGAUGGCAGUACUCCAACAGCAGGUAGGAGAACUGAGAGUGGAUACAGAGACCAGCUCAGUGGAGCACCUCCCAAACACUGGAGAUGGUGAACCAAGUGCAGGUUUCUGUGAGCAGAGAGAGAGUCAGACUCCUCUGGACUCAGGUGACCUCUCUUCCAGGACUUCAUUCUCAAUCCACUCACCUAGUACCAAACCUUCUGGAGAUACAUUUGUGACAAGUCGUGAUGGACUCCAGGAAUGUGGGCGCUCUGCAGGACGAUCUCCAGUUCCACGCUCACUCUCAGUCACCCAGUCACCUUUGAUGGGUUUAACAAAGAGAGGUGGAGAGGGUGAGCGCUGGCUUUGGCCGGAAGGUAAUGGAGCAGGAGAUGAUGAUGAGCCCACUGCUGAGGACUAUCAUCAGACUCAGCAUGUAGAGACCUAUAUCCUGGGUUUGAUACAGCGCCGUCUUCUGGCCACAAGGCAGUGCAAGCCUCGAACCAACAUGAGCCCUGAAGCCAGAGGGGUAAUCAGACAAAGUAGUCUUUGCCGCAAGGAACCUGUCUUCAUUCCAGAUCAUUGCAAGGUUUCUUCAAGCCCUGAGAGACCAACAUGGGCCUCAUACAACAUUGAAGAAAGGCAGCUUGAGGGCUUUUCUCCUGCAGAGCAACUUCCUGCUCACUAUGCAAGGCUUAAGGAGCUGAUGCCCGCUCAUUUCUCAAGACCUGAGGAGCAGCACAAUACGCAUUAUUCCAGGCCUGAGGAGAAGCUUUCUACACAAUAUCCCAGGCCUGCACUGUCAGGAAUUCACUCCACAUCUUUGGAUUUCCCCUCUGGAGAUUUGGACCCCAGCAGUAGUGAAGCAGACUCACCCCAGCACUACCAGGUCCCCCACUCACCCUCUUCUGAAGAGCAUUUAGUCAAUGCUCAGUACAUCCCAGCACAGCCAUGCCAGGCACCAAUGAGAGCCAAAACUUCUCGUGCACAUGCAGCUCCCAAAGCCGGCCGCGGUGGUGGCAACACUCACUCCCCUGAAAGACCACAGCCCAAGCAACGGGUCAUGCCAAAGAAGUGUCGCUUUAGUGAAGAAAGGACAGCUGUAAAGAAACCUGGAAGAAAAGCCUGUCGCUCACAGUCAGAGAACAGCCUGUUGGGCCAAAAGGGUGUACCUGAGCGAAAGUACAGCACAGUGGAGCGGGACACAGGUCGCGCCAACCAGAUCAAAUCCCGACGCCAGCAAGGCAGCCUUGGGCACCGCCGCUGGCGCUCUACACUAGAGCUCAGCCAGGAUGAAGCUGAGCCCACACCAGAGCGAGAGGUCAGACGCACCCGUAGGUCUAGACCUGCUGCACCAACAUAUGUCUACAACCAGACUCCUCAGCACCACCAUUCACAUCAUCCACACCACAUUCCUCAUGCUCACCUUCAUUCAGACUACCCAAUGCACACCUCGGUGUGCCGUCCAGAGGGGGGCUACAAGCACCCAGGCCCUGGAGAGUGGGAGUCCAGUCUGAGUGAAGGAGAGUCCCCUGGCUCCAGUUCCAUGUCCAGUGACUCUGAUGAGAGUGGAGGACUGGUGUGGCCUCAGCAACUUGCCCCACCCCUGGCUCCUCCUUCGCCCCCAACUCCUUCUGGGGCGCAACUGCAGUCCAAAGCCUUGGUAAAGAUUAAAGCCUCACAUGCUCUCAAGAAGAAGAUCCUUCGCUUUAGAACUGGUUCUCUCAAAGUCAUGACCACCGUUUGAGCUACUGGGUAAAGCAUUAUGGAGGUCUUUCUCCUUACUGUUUUGGGAUGUCCCAGGACAGAGUCGAAAAGUCUGAACUCAUACUACCUGCCUCAGAUUAUCUUGGAUCUGAGCCUAAAACCACCAUGUACAUAUCUGUGUAUGUGAUAAAGGUACUUGUAUUUAUGAUUCUCUGUACUCUGUAAAUAAAACUCUGAGGUCAUGUAUUAAAGAGAUUUGUGGUUUAAGAGACAAUGGUAUGAACACAUAG